UGAAUUCGCUUUUACUUGACGUUUGUGUUGUACGUUUGUGAUUUGUGAAGACUAGAAUAAACGAGAAUUAACGCUGCUCGUAAUUUGUACAAGUGAUAUAAAUCUAAUAUCUACAACUAACUCAGAAUUCUGUUUCAGUUUCUUUUUCAAGACAAGCAACUUCAUAUACUUAGAAAAAAGUAUCCGGGCGUAAGCAAAAAUGGAGUUGUUGCAGGGCGGCGCAGGCGCUGCGGCGGCGCUGGGUCCGGGUGGCUUCCUCACCGCGCCGGUCUACGACUUGCAGCAAGUCGGAGAUGUUUACACGGGACCGGGCGCCAAGUGCUCCACUCUGCCGGCCAUCCUGGGCGGGUCUCUGCCGCGGCUCAGCUCGGAGCAGGCGGACGCGGUGUCUCGCGCCAAGAAGUACGCCAUGGAGCAGAGCAUCAAGAUGGUGCUCAUGAAGCAGACGCUCGCGCACCAGCAGCAGCAGAUGGCAUCGCAGCGCACGCAGGUGCAGCGCCAGCAGGCCCUCGCCCUCAUGUGCAGAGUGUACGUGGGAUCUAUAUCGUUUGAGUUGAAGGAGGACACGAUCCGGCAGGCGUUCCUGCCGUUCGGGCCCAUCAAGUCCAUCAACAUGUCCUGGGACCCCGUCACACAGAAGCACAAGGGCUUCGCGUUCGUCGAGUACGAGAUCCCCGAGGCGGCGCAGCUCAGCCUCGAGCAGAUGAACGGCGUCAUGCUCGGCGGCAGGAACAUAAAGGUUGUGGGGCGGCCGUCCAACAUGCCGCAGGCGCAGGCUGUCAUCGAUGAGAUCCAGGAGGAGGCCAAGCAGUACAACCGCAUCUACGUCGCCUCCAUACACCCAGAGCUCACCGAGGACGACAUCAAGAACGUGUUCGAAGCGUUCGGGCCCAUAACUUACUGCAAGCUGGCGCAGGGCUCCUCCGCUCACAAACACAAGGGCUACGGCUUCAUCGAGUACUCCACGCUCUCCGCCGCGCUCGAGGCCAUCUCCUCCAUGAACCUGUUCGACCUCGGCGGGCAAUAUCUGCGAGUGGGGCGCGCCAUCACCCCCCCCGCCGCCCUCGCCGGGCCCCCCCACGCCGCGCCCAUGCCCACCGCCGCCGCCGUCGCCGCCGCCGCCGCCACCGCCAAGAUACAGGCCAUGGACGCCGUCGCCAGCAACGCCGUCGCCCUCGGCCUCACCAAACUCAACGCCCUCGGCCUCUCCCCCGCCGCCGCCCUCCCCACGCUCGCCGCCGCCCUCCCCGGCCUGCCCGCCUCGCUGCCCGCCUCGCUGCCCGGCCUGCCCGCCUCCCUGCCCGUGCCGCUGCCCGUCACGCUGCCCGGCACGCUGCCCGCCGCGCUGCCCGUCACGCUGCCCGGCGCCCUACCCGGCACGCUGCCCGCCGCCAUCCCGCCGCCCGCCGCCAUCCCGCCGCCCGCCGUCAUCCCUCCGCCCGGCGUCGUCAUACCGCCGCCUCCGGUCUCCGCCCGCGGCAACGCGCAGGGCGGCCAGCAGGCGGCGCUGCAGCGCAAGCUGCUCGACACCUCGCCCGACACGCUGCAGCAGCAGGAGUCCCUCUCCAUCUCCGGCCAGUCGGCGCGCCACCUCGUCAUGCAGAGGCUGAUGCGUCGCCGCGCCUCGCGCACUGUGCUGCUGCGCAACAUGGUCUCCGCCGACGAGGUGGAUGAGGCGCUGCACCACGAGAUACAGGAGGAGUGCUCCAAGUGGGGCAGCGUGGAGCGGCUCGUCAUCUACAAUGAGAGGCAGAGCGACGACGACGACCCGGCGCAUGCGCACGUCAAGAUAUUCGUGCAGUUCGCAGAGCCUGAAGAAGCGGCGGCGGCGGCGGCGGCGCUCGACGGUCGCUACUUCGGCGGUCGCACCGUGCGCGCCGCGCUCUACGACCAGGACCUCUUCGACCACGGCGACCUCUCCGCCUAGCGACCUCGCGCGCCCACACGCGCCCACACGCGCCCACACGCGC